UGACUGAGGAAAGUGGUCCCGUGCUGGGGCCGCGAGGCCCCGCGGCCCUGCAGGACCCAACCUCCCUCUGAGGCCAGGCCAGGGAGGCCCGGCUAUGCAGCUCACUGUGUACUGCGUGCGGAGGGACUCCACGGAGGUGACCUUCUCCCUUCAGGUCGACCGGGAAUUUGAACUCUACAACUUCCGGGUGCUCUGUGAGGUAGAGUCUGGCAUCCCUGCCGGGGAGGCACAGAUUGUCUUUGCAGAGAGCCCUCUGGAAGAUAACCAUAGAUCCUUGGCGUCCUAUGGCCUGAAAGAUGGUGAUGUAGUGAUUUUAAGGCAGCUGCAGAAUGUAGAGCCAGGCUCUCCAGAUGAAUUCACAGGGAUAGACUUCAGCAGUAUAGCCGUGCCUGGCACAUCGUCCUCCCAGCACCUGCAAGCCACACCGUCAUCAGAGAGCUUUGCAGAAAUGGUUUCAACUCCCCAGGUCACAGACAAUCCUGCCGUGCUCCGAGAUACGUUCCUUUCCAAUCCCCAUGAAUUGGCCCUGCUCAGGGAGCGCAACCCAUCUCUGGCAGAAGCCCUGCUCAGUGGGGACCUUGAGGAAUUUACUAGGGUUUUGAUAGAACAACAAGAAGACCAAGCAAUGAGAGAUGAAGAGACGUUUCGCCUCUUUGCAGCUGACCCCUUUGAUCUUGAAGCACAGGCCAAGAUAGAAGAAGCCAUCAGGCAACAAAACAUUGAGGAAAACAUGUCCAUAGCAAUGGAAGAGGCCCCUGAGAGCUUUGGCCAAGUAGUAAUGCUAUAUAUUAACUGUAAAGUGAAUGGACAUCCUGUGAAAGCCUUUGUUGACACAGGUGCUCAGAUGACUAUCAUGAGCCAGGCUUGUGCAGUGCGGUGUAAUAUAUUGAGACUUGUGGACCAGCGGUGGGCAGGGAUUGCUAAAGGUGUGGGAACUCAGAAGAUAAUUGGUAGGGUGCAUUUAGCUCAGGUUCAGAUUGAAGGAGAUUUUCUGGCAUGUUCUUUUUCUAUAAUAGAGGAGCAACCUAUGGAUAUGCUUUUGGGCCUGGAUAUGCUUAAGCGACAUCAAUGUAAUAUUGACCUCAAGAAAAAUGUACUUGUAAUUGGUACAACAGGCACACAUACAACCUUUCUUCCAGAGAGGGAACUCCCAGAAUGUGCAAGCUUCAGCCUGCUCAUACAAAUCAGCCUACAAGAGCCUGUUGAAGGGAAUACUGUGAAGACUUUUAGAGCUUCAGCUGACUUCCAGAUUACUUGUGAAUAGAAGGGAUAUUCCCUUCCCUUACUGGACUUUUAUGUUCUCACUUCUGCCAGAGAGCCUUGUCAGACAAGACAGCAAUCUGUCCAAGUUUUGUGCUAUCAUUUUGGGUAAUUCAUUGGGGAAAUGUACAGCUAUUUUGUAUAAUUCACUGGGGAAAAAGAAAGUUGAAGAUAACUUAAAAUCUCUCCUGUUAAGAUAAACACCCAUUACAUUGAAGUUUAUCUUAUUAAAGAACAGAAAGCUAAUUUGCUGCAACUUUCCAGAUUUACAAUUCAUAAAUAUUUCUAGGUGAAAAGAGGGUGUGGUUAGCAUAUCAGGAUCUGAGUUAAGCAAAUGGCUUUCAUGAACAUGAAUGAAGUGCAACCCAAGAUUAAAUGAUAGAAUGAACCAGUUGACCUAUAGUAAACUAGUAAUGCUGAACUUGGAACUUUCUGCUAGAAUAUGGCAGAGCUGUUCUGCCCAACAAAAUAAAAUACAGUAAAACAAACAAACAAAUGCAACACAUUACAAAUAAAGGAAAUGAAUUGCAGAAGGGAGCCCUUCCAUUUCUAGGAGAAAAAAAAAAUCCACUCCCAGGGACUACUGAGAACUCACCUGCAGAAACACCUAUGACAAUAGAUAUAGGCAAACAUUAUGUAGUUAUCAUGCAUAAUGAAGCAAUUAGAAUGCCAAUGUUAAAAAUACUGGUGUGGAUGACUUCAGUGUAGAUAAUCCUUUGAUAGAGGUAGAGGUAAUACAAAAUAAUUUUCAAUCUUAAUUUUGGAUAAUCCUCUUUUUACUGAUGAUUUAUCACUCUCCAGAAAGUAAUAUUGAAAUGUAAAGAAUAGGUAAACUGCCACAUUUAUUGCUCCUCAUUAAAUAUUUAAUGAUUGACACUUUAUGUAUUCAACAGCUCUCUGUACAUCCGUUAUCUGCAGAGAUAUCUUGUUUAUUUGUUACUACUCUGAAGGAACUUUAUGAAUUUCUGUUCAUUUGUACAUAUUAAAGAAGUCAUAUCUGAAGAAACCAUCUGUCAUUAGGAAAUUAUAAUAGUUUAAGACUACAUUCAGAAAGGAGCUUUCUGAAAAAAGAAAUCUAAAGGCAACAAAAUAGGACAUUUGAGUUGGUCAGAAUUCAAAAAAUCUUUGUGAUAUCUAUACCAAUGACAGUUUAACAACUCUAUCACUGAUUCCUGGAGUGGAAACUGUUAACACUAAAGGUUUAUUAUAGAGCCUGAUGACUGCUUUAGAAGUCCAAAAGUUAACAGUAUCCAGUAAUUUACAGCUAAUCUGUAUUGCUAAACUUGGCUAAAAUAUUAAAUUAGCUACUAAACUGCAACUGAGUUGCAGUCUUUUCAUACCAACUUAAAUCCAUUGAUAGUCCUCAAUCAAGAUAGUCAAAAACUAUUUACAGGGCUGCCUAAAAGCAGGAAAUCCUGUAUCCUGAAGCUAUGAUUCUCCUUCAUAGAUUAGAGAACCUCUGUUCUUUCAUUGAUUUUCAUGCUACAACAAUACUUCUUGGACUUUUCAUUGAGUUUGUGCAAAUAUAAACCUUGUUGUGUUUUUUUUUUUCCUCAUUUUGUAAACAAAGAACAUCAUAGGUCCUAAAUAACAGUGGAAAAGAUGAACUUGAAUUGUCCUCAUUCCUUUGACAAAUAUAUCUGAAGUAUGUGUAUA